GAUUGGAAGCCGCUGACACACCACAGCGAGGUGCCGGUCAGGAGCUCCGAUGAUCUGCGCAGGCGUCAGGCCUUUUACACUUCCGUGGACAUGGCACAGAUUGGUAAAGUUCUCGUCUCGGCGGGGCUCUUCCAAGGCGGCUUCUGCAACGGUGCCAACGAUCCUGAGAGAACUCUGGCACUUUUGGUCUUGACAGCCAUCCACGACAUCAUGAAGGUGAACAGCUUGCUCCCGGUGGUCACGGAAGAGAGUGGCCCAUUCGAGAAGCACAAGGUUGGCGAAGUGAUCUACAACCACGAUACGGCGCUCGGGUACGUGCUGCAAUGGAUGCCCUCGGUGCUCCCCUCCUACGCGGGACUCCCCGAGGCACAGCGCGAAUCUGUGAAGUUUACACAAUUCGACAUGGAGUUCAAUCUCGGAUGGCUGGUUCAAGCAGAGGCUCCCCCGGGCAUGUUGUUCAACCGCUUCAAGCAGAUCAUCAGGCAAGGCAAGGCGAAGUCCAGCGAUGUUGCAUUGUACCUUGUGCACUGGCUCACAGACCUUGCCGGUGCGGAACCCUACCCGCAGGAGGGUGCGGAGAAGUUUGUCCUAAAGUUUCCGCCGAAUUUGUUCGUCUCGUUCCUGAGCUCCUUCCAUUGUGUGACGUUUUUAAGCACGAAGACGGAGACAGAAGUUAUGGAGGACUACUUGCGCUGGCGCUGGGCGAUGGCGGAGCCCCCGCUGGGCACAAUGCCACAAGGUGAGGGGGCGAUCGCGGCGAUGCGUCUAGUGGUCAUGGCCCAAGGCCAUAGCCACAAAGUUCUCAACGCUUUCCGUUCCCUUCCUGACUCGGAGCGGAAGGUGCUGUCCGAAGAGUUGACUCGCACAGCGCGACGAGGGCAGAGGUUCGAGCUCGGAGCAGAUUUGGACGCC